GGAAAUUCUUUAAAGAAAAUUCUACAUUUGUUCCUCAUAUUACCACUUUUCUAUGCAUUAUAAAUGUUAUAACAAUUAUUUAUUUAAUUUUGAUAAGAAACGUCUGAAAUACAGAAAAAAGGUUCUUUUUAUCAAAAUAAUUAUAAAGAACAAGUAUAUUUCAAUAUUUAUUUUUAUUAAUUUAUUUAGUUCUCAAACAAAAUCUUUACAGGAUAAUAUAUGGACAUACGAUACUUUUGAUAUAAAUAAGGGCAUUGUUAUACAGUUUAAUAAUAAGCGACAGAACUUUGAUGUUUCAAGCACUGAUAAAAAUCUGGAGAAAAUAAAGAAAUCUAAAGUUUUUAGUGUUCAAGUUAAAAUUCCAUUUUCAGAUUGUAUAAAGGAUUUUGAAAAGGAAUUAAUUAAUUAUUGCAAACCUUAUUUCCAUCGUUUUUUUUCUAAGAGAAGAUAA